CACUUCCUGCUGGUGGCCUGGGCUGGGCCGGGUCCCAGCGCCGCCCCUCGGGCCGGGAGUCUGUUUGCUCUUGGUCCCCUGUCCCAGUCUUGGAGGAGCUGGGAUGCAGGCCGGGUCCCGCCCCCUGUCCAUCAGUAGCAGUCCCCGGGCGUUCCAUGCUGCCUCUCACCGCUCGGACACUGAGUUCUCCCCGUCAGGGUCAUGAGCCUCCCCAGCCCCCUGAUUCCUCCCGGAACCUAGGAGUCCAGGCACGCCUUUCCUCCUCUCUCCACCAGGGCCCACCAGCUCUGAGCAGAUCAUGAAGACAGGGGCCUUUUUGCUACAGGGGAUCGAGCUGGGAGGAUGGCAGGGGAUACACCUGAGCUGACCUUGGAGCCGCCGCCCCAGGAUGCAUCCACCAAGAAGCUGAGCGAGUGUCUCAGGCGAAUCGGAGAUGAGCUGGACAGCAACAUGGAGCUGCAGAGGAUGAUUGCUAAUGUGGACACGAACUCCCCCCGAGAGGUCUUCUUCCGCGUUGCGGCUGACAUGUUUGCCGAUGGCAACUUCAACUGGGGCCGGGUUGUUGCCCUCUUCUACUUUGCUAGCAAACUGGUGCUCAAGGCCCUGUGCACCAAAGUUCCCGAGCUAAUCAGAACCAUCAUGGGCUGGACACUGGACUUCCUCCGAGAGCGGCUGCUUGUCUGGAUCCAAGACCAGGGUGGCUGGGAUGGCCUCCUCUCAUACUUCGGGACACCCACCUGGCAGACAGUGACCAUCUUUGUGGCUGGAGUCCUCACUGCCUCACUCACAAUCUGGAAGAAUAUGGGCUGAGGCCUCCCUGCCCGCUGCCUUGGACUGUCUUUUCUUCAUAAAUUAUGGCAUUUUUCUGGGAAGAAUGGGGAUGGGGACAGGCAUUUUUCUUACUUUUGUAAUUAUUGGGAGGGGUGGGAAUGGUGCCUGGGGGAGGGGACAAUAAACCUCAGGUCCA